CGCCCAAGCGGCGGCUAACGCCUCCUCCUCCUCCCGUCCUCCACCAGUUCCCCUCCGCAUCAAGUGCUCUCACACUCCGCCAGCCUAUUACCCUACACCUGCAUAAUCAGCCUCAGCUGCCUCUCUCGCGUCUGGCCCGUUACUGACAGAUCCCAGGUGCGUUUUGUUGUUCAGUGGCUUAAUUCGCAGCUCGCUUGCUACUAGUUUGCGUUGCGAGGGUCAGCUGCAGGUCAAGGAAACUGAGUUUGGGGUCCAGAGAACAUCGCAUUAGGUUGUUGCAAGCCGGGCAUAUAACUUGUUUGUGUGAUCUGCCCUGUGGUGGACUGUCCAACAUCCAAGAUGUCCCAGUCGUCCACCGCUGAUGAGGGUACAACCUUUGAACACUUGUGGAGUACCCUUGAGCCAGACAGCACAUAUUUUGAGCUUCCUCAGGCGGGACACUCAGGGGACAGGGUGCCUUCCAGCAGCCUGCCCAGCAACCGCGCUGAAGUCUGCAUGGACGUCUACCACAUGAGAGACAUCAACGACAAUGUCAUGUCUCAGUACAGCCUACUGAGCAGCAGUAUGGAACAAGGUUUGGGGAACAGAGCAGCGUCUACCAGUCCCUACAGCUCAGAGACCACCUCCAACGUGCCAACGCCGUCACCCUACUCCCAGCCAAACUCGACCUUCGAGGCCAUGUCUCCAGCCCCGGCCAUCCCCUCCAACACUGACUACCCCGGGCCGCACAACUUCGAGGUCACCUUCCAGCAGUCGAGCACGGCCAAGUCAGCCACCUGGACGUACUCUCCACUGCUUAAGAAGCUGUAUUGUCAGAUCGCCAAGACCUGUCCGAUUCAGAUCAAACUGGCUUCCUCGCCCCCAAACGGCGGUGUGAUUCGAGCCAUGCCCAUCUACAAGAAAGCCGAACACGUCACAGAGGUGGUCAAACGCUGUCCUAACCAUGAACUCGGACGGGACUUCAAUGAAAGUCAGACAGCUCCUGCCAGUCACUUGAUUCGGGUGGAGGGCAGUAAUCUGUGUCAGUAUGUGGAUGAUCCUGUGACAGGCCGACAGAGUGCUCUCGUUCCUUAUGAGGCUCCACAGGUGGGCACCGAGUUCACAACGAUUCUGUAUAAUUUCAUGUGCAACAGCAGUUGUGUCGGUGGAAUGAACCGCAGGCCCAUCCUCAUCAUCAUCACGCUGGAGACACGAGAUGGACAGGUUCUCGGCAGGCGUUCGUUUGAAGGCCGGAUUUGUGCCUGUCCCGGUCGAGACCGCAAAGCAGACGAGGAUCAUUUCAGGGAGCAACAGGCACUAAAUGAGAGCGUGGCCAAAAAUGGAAAUGCCAAUAAACGAAAUUUCAAGCAGACUCCAGCCAAUAUUACAGGCCCUUGCAUCAACAUCAAGAAGAGGCGACAUGGAGAAGAGGAGAUGUAUUAUAUUCCAGUGCGAGGCCGGGACAACUUCGACAUCCUGAUGAAGAUAAAGGACAGUCUGGAACUUGUGGAGUUUGUACCACAACAGUUAGUGGAUUCAUACAGACAACAACAACAGCAGCUCCUACAGAGACAGUGA